GAGGCCCGCUGCAAGGUGGCUGCUGUGGCUCUGAUGAGAAGCAAUAUGUGUAUGGAGGCUGGGCCUGGGCUUGGUGGUGCAUUACUGACACCCAAAGGACAUUUUUUCCUGGAACUGCCGGUGCUGCAAGCAAGAGAGACAGGAGCAAUUGUGUUGCUGUCAGCGGCAUCCCGCCAGAGUGUCUUUGGAGGUUUUGACCAUCCUCUGUCGCUGCGAGAAUGUUGAGACGUCGGAGGGGGUCCCACUGUACGUAACAGGGGUUGCACAGGAUUUCCCUAGAGAUAAUGACGUUACAGCCCAGGUGUGAGGACGUAGAGACGGCGGAGGGGGUAGCUAUAACUGUCACAGGUGUGGCACAGGUGAAGAUAAUGACCGAAAAGGAGCUCCUGGCUGUGGCCUGUGAGCAGUUCUUGGGGAAGAACGUGCAGGAUGUGAAGAACGUGGUGCUGCAGACUCUGGAGGGACACCUGCGCUCCAUCCUAGGUACCCUGACAGUGGAGCAGAUUUACCAGGACAGGGACCAGUUUGCCAAGCUGGUGCGGGAGGUAGCAGCUCCUGACGUGGGUCGCAUGGGGAUCGAGAUCCUGAGUUUUACCAUCAAGGAUGUCUAUGAUAAAGUGGAUUACCUGAGCUCCCUGGGGAAGACUCAGAUUGCAGCUGUCCAAAGGGAUGCAGAUAUUGGAGUGGCAGAAGCUGAGCGGGAUGCUGGCAUUCGGGAGGCACAGUGCAAGAAAGAAAUGCUGGAUGUCAAGUUCUUGGCAGAUACAAAAAUAGCAGAUUCCAAACGGUCCUUUGAGUUGCAGAAAGCUGCCUUCACUGAGGAGGUCAACAUUAAGACUGCAGAGGCCCAGCUGGCCUACGAGCUGCAGAGCGCCCGGGAGCAGCAGAAGAUCCGUCAGGAGGAGAUCGAGAUCGAGGUGGUGGAGCGCAAGAAGCAGAUCGAGGUGGAGGAGAAGGAGGUGGUCCGCAUGGAGAAGGAGCUGGUGGCCACCGUGAAGCAGCCAGCCGAGGCCGAAGCCUAUCGCAUCCAGCAGAUCGCUGAGGGCGAGAAGGUGAAGCAAAUCCUCCUUGCUCAGGCAGAGGCAGAAAAGAUCCGCAAGAUCGGAGAGGCCGAGGCUUUUGUGAUCGAGGCCAUUGGGAUGGCGGAGGCUGAGGGGUUGAAGCUGAAAGCAGAAGCACUCCAGAAGUAUGGAGAAGCUGCCCAGCUGUCUCUAGUGCUUGAUGCACUGCCUGAGAUCGCUGCCAAAGUGUCUGCUCCCCUCUCCAAAGUGGAUGAGAUCGUUAUUCUCAAUGGAGAGAAAGGCAGCACCAUGUCUGAUGUGAACCGUCUCCUGGCUGAGAUCCCCACCUCCGUGCGUGCCAUCACCGGUGUGGAUCUCACAAAGCUUCCUCUGUUCCAGAAAGCCACCGAGGCCAAGGAAUGAGGUUGGCCAACCCAAAGCUCGUGAAUAUCACUCCCUGUUAUGCACUCGGACAUCAACUGCCUUCAACACAUGGGAAUUCCUUUUAUAUCAAAGACAAUCCGAGUUUCGUUUGUAACUGGUGCCUUAUUUUGUAGGGCCAGAAAGAUGCAUGUUCUGUCUGCUGCUCUUUUUAUUCCAAGGCUGAGAGAGGAUUUAUUUUCUAAUUAACUUUGUGUUGUCUCAGGCCAAUCCCAUCCCCAGUUAUGACUGGCAACUUGUCUGGUGUUGCAGUCCCUGUGCCUUGCUGUUUUCUGCCCUGGGGUGAACACCUGGGACGUGGAGCAGAGUCUUGGGGAGUUUUAGGAAGAGGACCAGGACCCCCCUCCCCUGGGCUCCUUGCCCUCUCUCAGUGACCCUCCUGGCCCUGUCCCAGCCCUGCCUCUGCCCACAGCUGUCCCUGUGGCUGGCUCUCCCUGUCCCUCAGGACCCCCACAGUGCCAGCAGCCCUGCCCAGGCUGGGUGGGUGGCAGUCACCCCCCCAGGAAGGUGACAAUCCAGCAAUAGCAGUGGGUGCUGCUCUCUCCCGUGCUGGUUCCCCUGGGGGACUUUUCCUCAUAGGAUCUGAAGCAGGGAGAGCUCAGGCCUGGUGCGAUCUCACCGCCAUGAAUACCAAAAAGCAGCACUGUGCCAAAGCCACCCAUCCCCUGAGAGGGCAGUGAAGCCACUGUGGCUGCUGUGACACUUCCCAACCCACAACUGCUCAAGCAGAGUGGUGGUCAGAGGUGGGUGGGGGACCAGCUGGACACUGAGGUGGGGACAGGCUCCUCCAGCCCAGCCUCCCUCCCUUCCCCUGCCUCUUACGGCCAGUGGCUUUGCUGCCUUGUGACAAUGUGAAAGACAUUGUCCCCCGUGUGUGCCAGUCCUCCCCACAGUGCCACCAGCGCCCUGUGCUGGCCCGUGCCCCUUCCCUGCCUGUCUCAACGCCUGUGUUCAGUGUGGCUGGCACAGUUCAGUGUGUGAAGUCAGCCUGGCACUGCUGGGAGCAGGGGCAUCCUGUACCCCCAGCUCAGUGCCCCCACCCCGUGCCAUGGGAUGGCUGCAGGUCCCUCAGGGUGGUGUCCUUCACCAGGAGUGACCCAUGGCGGGUGUGCAGGGCCCCCCUGUGCCCUCCCUGCCACCGGGGGUGGGGAGUGGUGUUAUCAGCCCCCGGCUUGUGCUGGCCCGUGGGCGGAUCUGGCGCUGGCCGGGCCGGGCCCUAUCUGCAUGUGGCCGCCACCCCGCUGCUGCCAGAUAAUAAACCCUUGUCACCUCC